GCCACCUAUAGAACAAAUACCAUCUCCAAAGUGUUCCAUCUUUGCUUUAAGACCAGCCUGCUGCAAAAAACAAGUAGGUCAUUUUCCUCGAGCAUAAGACUGUAGAUAGCUUUUUCUUCCUCUUAAUCCAUGGAUACUGCUCAGUGCCCACAGGGGAUUGGAUUGGCUAGAGCCAUGGAAAGUUCAAGGCCUACUACUUUAGAGAGAAAGGUAAGGCCUCAAAAGGAUCAAGCUUUGAAUUGCCCAAGGUGCAAUUCAACCAACACAAAAUUCUGUUACUACAACAAUUAUAGUCUCUCUCAGCCAAGAUACUUCUGCAAAACUUGUAGAAGGUACUGGACUGAAGGUGGUUCUCUAAGAAAUGUUCCUGUAGGUGGAGGUUCAAGAAAGAACAAGAGAUCAUCAUCAUCGUCAUCAACUUCUUCAUCUUCAUCAAAGAAAUUGCUUCCUGAUCUCACCAACCCACAACUUUCUCAUCAAAACCCUAAGAUCUAUCAAGGCAGAGAUCUCAACCUAGCUUAUCCCCCUUCAACUGAAGAUCAUGGUAAUAUUUCUAAGUUUGUUGAGGUACCUUAUACUAGUGGAAGCAAAACCCACAAUCUAAAACCCAGCUCUUCUUCAUCAUUAACACCAUCUCAUCAUGUAUCAGCCAUGGAGCUUCUCAAGACUGGUAUGAGUACAAGGGGAUUGGAUUCUUUCAUCUCGAUGCCUGUAGUUGAUUCAAAUACAGUUUACUCAACUGAGUUUUCUUUGCAAGAAUUCAAGCCAACCCAUAAUUUUUUCUUGGAAGGGUUUGAAAGCAGUCAUGGGUAUGAGAGUAUCCAAGGGGUGCAAGAAAAUGGUGCAAGGCUCUUGUUUCCCAUGGAGGAUUUGAAGCCAGUUCAAGGCAAUACUGAUCAAUAUGACCAAAAUAAAGGACAAGGUGAUCAUACAGCUGGGUUUUGGAAUGGAAUGUAUUAGUUGCAUGAAGGAUGGAUCAUACAUAUGAUCCAAGAUACAUAACAAGAAAUUAAUUGGUGUUUCCACACCUUUUCUUUUCUUUUUUCUUUCACUUGGGGCUGGAGUGAUGAUUACUUGUUAAUCAAAAAAACUAACUGAUAGGGCACGUGGGUUUCUUUCCUGCUUUCAAUUUGAACUUGAAUUUCUUUUUAUUUUGGUCUUCCUUUAGUCUGUGUUGUUCAAUGUGGGUAUCUUUUGAAGCUUUAUUUUGGGUUGGCCAGUUUCAAGAAAGGCAAGGUGAAGAAGUGAAGACCUCUUAACAAGAGUUGCAUAUCUUGUUAGGCAGAGUUUGAGAGAGAGAGAUUUUAUUGUUCAUGUUCGUGUAAUUAACAGUUUGAUUAAGAGAUAUGGGGUUCUAUUGGUGUGUGC